CGUCAUCUCCAAGAGAAGUAACCAAUCGUGAUCUAAGGGAAUGUAAUAUUUCGAUAGUUCACUUGCGAAAUGCCUGCGAUUCGCUUUGGAAACUACAUGUGAACAACAGUUCGGUAGUGAAACAUUGUAGUGACAGACGGACGGGAUGUUUGAGUGUAAAAUAUUAACGUAUACGGAAGCAUAUAUCGUGAAAACUAUCAAAAAGAUAAAUUACCUUUAAAGGGAAACAGAAUCGAUAGAAAAUAUGUUUGAGUUCGUGUGGAGUCUUGUGAAAUAAAAAAAAAAAGUGUCGCGAGAGCCGCGGCGAGGAAGAAAGUGUUGUAAUUUUCGGGCUAACCGCUAGACUCAAGGUAAGGGACUGUGGAAAGUGCGUGUACCGUGCUUUUAAAUGAAGUAUUAGAAUCGUCUCUUUGACACUUUUGAUCGCAAUCAGACAAAUGCAAUGGAAGACUACAAGUUCCUCUUUAAAGUCGUUCUUGUGGGCAACGCCGGUGUCGGUAAGACAUGUCUCGUUCGCCGAUUUACACAGUUCUAGUUUUUUGUAUUUUCAGGGAUUGUUCCCACCGGGUCAAGGAGCAACUAUUGGAGUUGAUUUUAUGAUUAAAACUGUGGAAGUGGAAAAUGAGAAAGUUAAGCUGCAAAUUUGGGAUACUGCUGGCCAGGAAAGAUUUCGGUCAAUAACACAAAGUUAUUACAGAUCAGCUCAUGCUUUAAUUUUAGUAUAUGAUAUUUCUUGUCAGCCAACGUUUGAUUGCCUGCCAGAAUGGUUAAGAGAAAUUGAAGAGUAUGCAAGCAAUAAAGUCCUAAGGAUAUUAGUUGGAAAUAAAAUAGACCGAGAUGAUAGAGAAAUACCAACUCACGUUGGUGAAGAUUUUGCCCAGAGACAUGGCAUGUAUUUCCUUGAGACAUCAGCAAAGGAAGCUGAAAAUGUUGAGCGGCUUUUCAUGGAAAUAGCUGCUGAACUUAUGGAGCAAGCACGUAGCAAGGAGCUACCCAGGUACGAAACGAACGCAACCUCGAUAAAUGGAAAAACAACGUCAAUCGGUGAUGGCAGCAAUUGUAGCAGCUGCAGCCGCCUUUCUUAACUUUAUUUCUUUUUACCAUGCAUGCAAUUUUUAAAUUUAUUUGACGUUAUUAAUACCAUACGGUGUAUCAUUAGGAGAAGAGCAAGCAGCCUCCAUCGGACUUGGAAUAUGUUAUUAAAUGUUUGUUCAUAGAUUAUUAUUUAUUGUUUGAAACAAACGAUCUAUAUCGAUUCUGAUGCAGUUGAGGCUCAUUCCAUGAUGGAAGAAGUUCUCGUGAACUUUAAAAAAUUCUGAUCCAAAUACAUUAAUAAUUUUUUCUACGUUUAUACUGGAUGAAAUAUUUUGAGUAUUUCACUUCAAAAGUACAAACAGGCCUUAUCUCUCGACUAAUUGAUCGAAAAUAUCUAUGCUGAUACCUAAAUUUUGACCAAACAUUGUGAAAAAGCCUAGUCUGCAUUGGAAGCGUCUGAUCAGUGCAAUAUAAUGAAGCAUCACACGGUUUUAUAACGCGAUGCAAAGUGAGCAUAAUCGUUUGAAGCUCUUCGAAUUGUUGAUGCAAAAAUGAUUUUGUAAUACCUGUCAAUCAUAACAAUUGUUGUGCGCUCUUGCAAUUGUUGUGAAAUAAGCUCGUGACGUUAAGUACGUGCUCUUGUUAAAUCCUAAAUUUUAUUUUGUUGCGCAAACUCACGCAGCAGCUUUUGUAUUUGUAAAUAUAUAUAGAGAAUACAGCACCGAGAACCCGUUAUGUUUAAAACCAUUUUAAUCAUACGUUGAUUCGAUUCGUUUUAAUACUUUUUAAUAUUGUAAUAUAAUUGUAAUUAAUUGUCUUAAUUAAUUAGGAUACAUCAGUUCUUUUAUUACACGACCAUUGUCGACAUUCUUUUUUCGAUACUCAGUGCGCUACUCUAGUCUCAUUAAUUUUCUUUUUUCUUUCUGAAACGAUAUGUUGAUUAAAAACACCUUAAGUUUCACCGUAGGUUCAACAAUGAUUAUGAAGAAAUAAGUUGACUACUCUUGCUUUUGCAUUAAAUUAGUAAUUAAAUUGCUGUGUCGUUAAUAGUUUUUACUUUCAUUAAACGGACCUCUGUUAAUUACUGUAAUCCAUCACGUAAAUCGAACGAUAGGUACUCUAGAUUAAGAUUUCUUAAUUAACAAUCAAAGUAACGAAUUACAAAGUGAAGAGAAGGUCGCAUAACUCGACAUACUGUAGUCAAUUAAGACCGAAUAAUAUAUUAUUAACGCAUCGCUGUAGCUAAUUGUCUAUUUGGUUUUGUGCAAUUACUGAUAGAGAUUGCUAAUUUUUAAAUAUCGUUCAUCAAUUAAAGAAAGCGUAAAGACAUUAAGGAAAUAGCGAAUACGCGCGGUGAUAUCAAUAUUCAUGACACUUCUCGUACCUUCCUCGUAAAAGUUCAUUGAAUGGAACUUUUGUCGUAUAGGAAUUUGGUGCUACAAUUUUAAUUGGUACACGUUAAUAGUAUUAACGAAUGUAACAUGCGGCAUCAGGUUUUGAUUGUUCCCAAUUAAAACAUUAACUUCAUUAUGAUAUCUACGUACAAGCCAGAUAUCAAAUACACCGUGUAGUUUAUUAGAUAAUAUGUGAAACCUGGAAUGAACAAAAUAUUAUCCAGAUUACAUAGAUUACCUAUUAACUUUUUUAUCAGCGCUUUUUUCUGUAACUCCCCAAAAUCUCAAAUACAUAUCAGUUUAUUGUAAAUGGUCCAUCCCCUAGCUUUGCCCCAGCUAAUUUAAUAGCAACUCUCUGUGAUCAAUUGACUCAUCUUUAUUUUGCAGAAUACUACCGUUCAGUUUUACAAUGUAUGCUACGCGUAUAAUGUAGUACUAAUUUGUACGAUUAUUAAUGCACGGAGUAGUAUACCGUUAUUAGCAUACAAUGGAACUCGUGUUGAGGACUGCUAUUUAAUUAGUAAAAUAAAAAUUAGUGAACCAGUGGAUAUCUAUAUCCAUUUAGUAGACAAUUGAAUUUCUUUAUUAUUAGAAAGAAAGAUUUAGUUACAAUUUGAAAAUUUAUUAAGAUCACGGCUACAAAUAUAGCAAACAAUUAUAUCACACCAAACCUUUGUUGCUUUUAUAUUAGCCCUACGUAAUAUGGCUACCUUUGUUUAUCUCAAAUAGGAUACUUCAUUCAUUUGGUUGAUAGUUCACUCAGUGUUCUCAUCACCCAUUUUCUAAUUAUCUUAAACACAAUAAAACAAAACCGUAAUAGUAA